AUGCCUAAAUCUAGACGCUCCAAAUUAGUCACUUUAUCACAAACCGACAAAAAGGGAAAAGAAUCAAAGUUGAAACUCUUCGAUGAGAUUAGAUCUGCUCUUGACAACUAUUCCAAUGUUUGGAUAUUACAAAUGAAAGAUAUCAGGACUCCAGUUCUACAAGACAUAAGAUCCGACUGGACUGGCUCCAAAUUGAUUUUAGGUAAACGGAAAGUUAUUCAAAAAGCAUUCGGUGAAACCCCUGAAGAGGAAUAUUUAUCUGAUUUGGCCAAAUUAACCAAAAUCUUGUCCAAGACUGACGACUUAAUACCAGGUAUUCUCUUCACUAAUGAGGAUGAUUCAACUGUGCAAAGUUACUUUGAUGCAUACAAGAGACAAGAUUACACUAGAGUUAAAAAUAAAUCUCCCAUAACUUUUGAAAUUCCUGCAGGCAUAGUUUAUUCUAGAGGUGGACAAAUUCCUCAAGAGGAAGAUGUGCCCAUGUCACAUUCAUUGGAAGAGACAUUGAGAAAUAAAUACAAGAUGCCCACAAAGAUCAAGAGUGGGAAAAUCGUUUUGGAAACUCCAUACUUGGUGUGUAAUGAGGGUGAUGUAUUGGAUGUUAGACAGGCUUUAAUUUUAAAGCAGUUUGGUGUUGCCGCUAGUGAGUUUAAAGUCCCUUUGGUGGGUCACUAUGAUAAAGAGUCAGCAAAGACUGAAAAGUUUGACAUUUGA